GAAGAGUUGGAGCGCCCGGCUUCGGGGCGAACGGGACUCCUGGAGGCUGAAUGCUCGCAGCGUAGCAGGACAGGGCGAAGAAGAAGAGAGCAGCAUAUGCACAGAUUCGGACUGGAAACAGAUGAGAGAAGGACAUGUGAAGAUCGUCAGCAGUGGCAGUGUUGGAGCAGUCAACAGUCACCGGGAAAGAUGGCGAGGACGCAGGCUCGCACGCUCCUCGCCCUGGCUCUGCUCGGGCUUUUCUUCCUGGAGGUCUCGGUAGAAGGAGAGCUGCAAGGAGGAGAGCAACAGGGGGAGGAGGAGAGGUCCUGUCAGGGCGCAUUCGACCUUUAUUUUGUUCUGGACAAAUCUGGAAGCGUGAAGAAUCAUUGGAUUGAGAUCUACUCGUUUGUGGAGCAGCUGGCUGAAAAGUUUAUUAGCCCCAUGCUGAGAAUGUCCUUCAUCGUCUUCUCCACACAGGGAAAAAUCAUCAUGAAACUGACUGAGAACAGGGAGGCCAUCACUGGAGGCUUGCUGGCUCUGAAGAGAGUUUCCCCUGGAGGAGACACGUUUAUGAACCUGGGCCUGGAAAUGGCGAAUAAACAGAUCUAUCAGGAGAGACACGGGACCGCCAGCGUGAUCAUCGCUCUGACUGAUGGAGAACUGAACGAGUGGCAGUUUGACACGGCGCAGCGAGAGGCUCAGAGGGCCAGAUCAAUGGGCGCCAUUGUAUACUGUGUAGGGGUCAAAGAAUUCAACCAGACCCAGCUUGCAACUAUUGCAGACACAGUGGAACAUGUGUUUCCUGUGUGGGGAGGCUUCCAAGCCCUCAGGGGAAUCAUUGACUCGAUCAUUAAGAAAUCCUGCAUCGAGAUUUUAGCAGCGGAGCCGUCCAGCGUGUGCGCAGGAGACAGUUUCCAGGUGGUUGUGAGAGGAAAUGGUUUCCUUCAUGCCAGAAACAUCGACCAGGUCCUCUGCAGCUUCAAGCUGAAUGACACACACUCUGUGGAUGAGAGGCCGGCUGGAAUAGAGGACACCUUUCUGCUGUGUCCAGCUCCAGUCGUCGAGGAAGCGGGAAGGGUGAUCUAUCUCCAGGUGAGCAUGAACGAAGGCCUGUCCUACAUCACCAGCUCCGUUCACAUCACCACCACGGAAUGUUUCGACGGCACCAUCGUGCUGAUAUCGCUGCUGGUGGUUUUCCUCCUGCUGGCGCUGCUGCUGAUGUGGUGGUUCUGGCCUCUCUGCUGCACUGUGGUGAUCAAAGAGCCUCCGCCCCCUCCUCCUCCUGAGCCAGAGUCUGAUGAUGAGGAUGGGAUGCCGAAGAAGAGGUGGCCCACAGUGGAUGCUUCAUAUUACGGAGGAAGAGGAGUCGGUGGCAUCAAACGCAUGGAGGUGCGAUGGGGGGAGAAAGGCUCCACUGAGGAAGGGGCCAAGCUGGACAAACCUAAAAAUGCUGUAGUGAAGAUGCCAGAGCAGGAAUUCGAACCUUACGAACCAAAACCUCGAAAGCCUCCCCGCCGCCCCCCACAGCAGAGGAGGUGGUACAGUCCCAUUAAGGGGAAACUUGAUGCUCUGUGGGCUUUAUUCAGAAGAGGUUAUGACCAGGUAUCUCUGAUGAGACCACAACCCGGAGACCAGGGUCGCUGUAUAAAUUUCCAGCGCGUCAAAGAUGGAGAGUCCGCCCCGAACCGCCAGGCAGCUCCCCGUGCGAGUUUCUCCCCCUCGCCGCCUCCUCCUCCUCCUCCCCCAUCUCCUCCUCCGCCCGUCGAACAGCAGCCUCUGGUCUCCAAUUCAGUUCCCCGGACCAAGCCGCCAUCCAGAGGGCCCCGCACCACACCGUCCUCCCGCAACGCCCCGCCCUCCCGUGCACCCCCGUCCAUGGUUCGACCCCCUCCGGGCCCACCCCCGACCCGAGCACCCCCAGGGCCUCCGGGGCCCCCGCCAUCUCGACCCCCACCCAGGCUCUAAUGACGGACAGGGCCUCCAAUUAAAACAAAACAAACAAAAAAAAAAAUGCACUCUGUCUGCUAUAAAGACUCCAAGACUGCAGAAAGUCUUCAUCUUAGACGCUCGGUGCUUUGUUGCUGGACAGCAAAAAAUAUUUAUCUGUUUUUAAAAUCAGCCACUGAGUUUCAUCAGACGUUUUUCUUGAGGCAUAAACAUUAUUCCAAAAAAAAAAAACAAAAAACCAACAUAGUUCCUUGAUUAAGCCUGUACAGUAAUAGAUGUUGUUGGUCGAAGUGGUCAGAGUAAGUGCAAUCCUUAGUGGAGUUUACUGUUGUUCAAAGUUCUAUAAAUGACAAAGAAGUUCAGUUUGAGAAAGUAAAAUGUGUCAUAAAGCAUGUAUUGAAAGAAGAUAGCAAAGUGAGGUGUGUGUUUCCUUUUUUUUUAAUCUUUACCAGCUUUUAUGCCAACAAAUCAUUUGCAACUGCAAACUUAGAGCCAAAGAAACGACAUCCUAGUUAAAGCUUUGUGUACAAGUGAAUUUAGUGCAACUGCAGGGCAGUUUCCCCAUAUUAUUUAUUUUAAUACAGGCCCUUUCUGCAUAAAUCCCCUAUUCACUGUCACUGAUUACCUUUUACUUUGAGUGAGGGGGAUUUAGAUGGAUACUGCAACGCUUUGUGGCAUGGCAUCUCGUGUAUUAGUGGUCAUUUCAACACUUCAAGGGAAGAAGAUUGCAUUGAGAAUGUAUCUUCAGGGUUCUUCUGUAUACUGCAUUUACUGACAGAGAUGAUCAUCUGCAUUAUUUCUUUAUUAACAACUUGUUUUGUGUCCUGAAUAAAAAGUUGUUUUUUUUUA